AUGCCACCUCCCCCGCCGGCUCCACUUGCCUUCGCGGCACCUCAGUCUCAGGGCAACGUGGCACUCGCCUCUGGCAUGAUUGAGAUUGUCAUGGACGACGACGCGGCUCAAGCACCCGCGCCGAUCCACAUCCCGCCCACCGAGAUCAUGGUGCCUAUCAUCCCCCCGGCGCCCCCUUCGGUCAAGGGACAUAACCGCGGGCGUAGCGUGACGGACGCCAGCAGCCUCAGCGGACGCAUUUCCAAGGCGACGGAGCGUCUCCGAUCUGCGAGCCGUAGCCGCAAGGACAACAACGUGCGCACGCAAAAGUCGCCCGAGUUCGCGCCGUACGAAAGCAUCCAGCCGCCUCAUGGGCUUUACACGCAAAUGGGCAUGCGGUCCCCUCCCAUCGACCCGAGCACGCUCCCUACCGGUCUUGGGAGGAACGAGAUGAUUUAG